AUGAAACCUAUAUCCAUUCAGGUACUUGAUAGUCCACACAGCGAUGCUCGGCUUAUGCGCCGCUAUUGUCGUAAAGUGGUCGGAGCCGAGCCAUUGACAUCAGAUGAUCACGAGAUUGCUGUACGGUACAAGCAGCAUGGUGGAGCCAUGCUUGGUCCGUUGUAUGGAUUCAUGGCACAUUUUUCCACGGUUUGUACUGACAUUGUGUUGACUGAUUUCCUGGGUUCCAUACAAUCACCUGGCUAUCCAAAUAAUGUCUGGAGUUCACAGUAUUGUUCAUGGACCAUCAAGGUCCCUCCUGGAAAUCGCAUACAGCUGAAUUUCCAUAAUUUUGUUGUCGACAGACGCUACCGUUACGGUGUGAUGCCCGGAAAAUGCUCGGAUAAUUGGUUAAAGUUCGGAGAUGGAGAAGUAGCUGAAGCCACUGUCAAAAUUGGCAAUUCGAUCAACAUCACUAAUAAAUUAGUCGAAGCAUGCUCUGAUGUUGCGAAACCUGUAGUGGUCAAGAGCAAAAACAAUAUUCUCCAUCUGACUUACCAAUCCAAGAAACAGGAACAAAAUCAUUUUUGGCUGACAUGGACGACCAUCGGUAAACAAAUAUGCUGCGGAGGGACCCUCAUAUCACCUUCGAAUAUAUCUGCCAAUAUCAACAAUUUGGAUCGAGAUUCUGAGCAAUUGGAGUGCGGUUGGCAAAUCAAGGCACCAGUUGGAAAGCGUAUACUUCUCAUAGUGGAUACGUUGGCAAUCUUCCAAAAAAGCGAAGCUAGCUGUCAAUACAAUGACGAAAAGCAAGAUUUUGCUGGAGCGGCGAUCUUCGCUGGUCCAUCGAAUCGCUCCGGAUUUCCACAAUACACGGCUUGUACUAGCCUUCGCAAUCUUACUUAUAAAUCACAUACAAACGAACUGUUUCUUCAACUCAAGUAUGGAAUGAAGACAGUGAUGCCAGAUGCUGAAGGAUACUUUUUCAUGGCUAAUGUCAGCUUCAUCGAUGCAGAUACCACGAACAGAGACGAAUGUGGAGGAGUUGUU